CCUCUCUUACAAUUGCCAUCAAACCAACACAAACCACAGCAACAACAACAUAUUAAAACACAAAACCUCAAAAACACAUUCUUAUAAUCUGCAAAUCUUACUCUCUUGCAACCAACCUGCAUCCAUUCCAAUUUGGAUGCUCUUGUUUGCUUGAGGUAUAUAUAACUCUUAUUUAAUUUCUUGCUAGCUUUGAUGAAUAUGUCUUCUUCUAAUACUAGUGUGAUCAAGAGCUUGAAGGUGGUGGAGGAGGAGGUGGCAGCGCCACCAACGACGCCGCCGCCGCUCCCGCCGACGAAGAAGAGCGUCGGGGGUGGCGGGAAGCAAGGGAUAAUCGCCAUUCUUGGAUCGGAUUCUGAGAGGAGUAAAGCGGCGGGUUCCAUUAGAAGAACUCUCUCGGCUGAUAUGUCAUCCAAGAAAUGGCUUUCCCAGAAUGGGUUUGCUUCUCCUCCGGCCAUGAAGAAGACCGCUUCUUCCGACGAGCUCGCGGCGGCGCCGGAGGAGGAGGAGGAGGAGGAGGAGGAUGAAGAAGAUGAAAUUAAAAGGAGAUCAUUGGAUGUUUGGAGCUCGAUUCUACAGUCCCAUAGAACAGUGGACUCGUCGUCUCAGCUCCCUCCUUCGUAUGUCCACCCUCUCGUUAAAAAAUCGGCCAAUUCUCUCACCGGAAAAAGCCUCGAAAUUUGCACGGAGAGUCUCGGCUCUGAGACCGGCUCCGACUGCUUCUCCUCAUACCCUUCUUCCGAGUCCGGCGACUCCGCCGACGAAGAAAAAGACGACCACCAAUCCCCGCCAGAGCACGAGCUUAUUUUCCCACCAUUUCCGGAAGAAUUCCCAGCUGUGAAGCACAGUUACAGCAAGAAAUCGCCGCCGCGAUCCUUCCCUCCGCCGCUUCCCUCUCUCGUAAGAGGCGACGAUAAGCCUGCCGUCCGCAUGCACUCCCGCCGCCACCACGGCCGGCUGAUCCUCGAAGCGGUUUCCGUCCCGGCUCAAAACUGCUUCCGCGCUGAGCGACAAGACGGGCGGCUAAUCCUCACCUUUGCAAAUAAUCCGCCCCAGGAAGAAACAGAGGGCUGGGAUGCAGACAAGGUGCUCGACGAAAUGCCAGACAGUGAAGAUAACAAUCUCACCAUUGAUGGCUACGAUGAAGAAGAAGAGGAAACGGAAAAUGAAAUGGAAAUCAUGAUCGGAAAAAGCUCAAAAUUACUCAUAAAUGUCAACAGCUUAAUAACUCUAAACAACAACAAAAACAAGCUCAACAGGCCAGCAUUCGUAGAGGAGAUUGAAGAUGAUCAAACAACACCACUCCAACUAUUCCAGGCGGCGGCGGCGGCGGCGCCCACCGCCGCCUCCUUCAACCCCUACGAUUUCUUCUGGAAAAAGAAGCCAACCACCAUAGCCACCUUGGUCCACAUUCCCAGCAUCACAGAUCAACAAUACCGCAACAAAGUUGUCACAAAAUGCCCAAAAACAUCAGCCUGUGAAGGGAAAGAUCACAGCUUGGUAUUGAUCACAGGAAGACACCACUCAAACAACAACAAACUCAUUCUUCCCAUGAAGAACAGGGGCUGCAAAGAACCUAGGAUGUCUCUUCUCUUCUGGGAUUCUUACUGCAUUGCAACAUCCUAAACAACACUCAAUUCAACAAUCCCAUUAAUCCAACACUAAUAUUAUUAGUUAAUUUCCAAUCCAAUCCAAUAUAUAUAAAAGUAUAUAUAUGUAUGUAUUUUCCUCCCUGUGGUGAUCGGUAGUUUUUCCUCUUGAUAAAAGAGUCUGGGUAGGCAAAUAAACCCCCAGGGAGAGAAUGAUUUCAGGGAAGAAGAAAAUGAAAUCUUAUAUUGAGGUCAAAUAUGCACAUGAUGAUGAUGAUCUUGAUGAUAAGAAAUUUUCUUGAUUUUAUGAUUUUGAAAGUGAUGAUUAUGUAAGUAGGUAGGCAGACCACAUCCCAUGCAUUAUGAGGCAGCUUGACUAUAGCUAGGUGAAGGAUGAUGUACUUCUUGUCUCAGCAUUACAAUGGGAAUGCAUGCUCAACUUUAUGUCUC